AUGCGUCCGACCGCGGUGCACUCCUCUGCGCCCUCCUCGCUGGAGCGCGCCCGGCCACCCUGCAACGCCGGAACGGAAAGGGCCGGGAGAGUGGGGUGGAGCGAGCCGCCCCGACGGCUCCCGCACGUGCUCGGCGCCUGGCCCGGCGCCGCCCCCUCGACGCCCGUCCUGCGCUUCGGUUGCGCCGCGGGCGCGCUGCCGUUCCCGGCCGUCUACCUGGCGGAGCCGCCGCCGCCCGCGCUCCUCUCGCCGGCGCCGCGCGCCUGCGCCCGCCCGGGCUGCACGAGGCCAGGACUGGAGGUGUCCCACUGCGCCGGUGCCACUCCCCUGGGGGGCCCCUUCGCGUGGCGGUCUGGGGGCCCCUGCAAGAUGAAGCGCGUCCGCACCGUCUUUACCCCGGAUCAGCUGGAGCGCCUGGAGAAGGAGUUCCUCAAGCAGCAGUACAUGGUGGGCACCGAGCGCGUGGACCUGGCCGCCACCCUGCACCUCACAGAGACCCAGGUGAAAGUCUGGUUCCAAAACCGGCGCAUCAAGUGGCGGAAGCAGAGCCUGGAGCACAAGGCGGCAAAGCUCUCGCAGCUGGGGGUGAGGCCCGCGACACCCCCCCGGCGAUCGGAAGGGCAGGACAGUGACGAGGACGACGAGGACAUCGAGGUCUAG